GUUAUUUGUAUAGUCCCCCUAAAAACGGAGGAAUUGAGGAAGUGGUCAUAAAAUUGCUAAAACCCUAAGCUUUCUCUCUCACACCCAUAGCGAGGAAAAGUAACCAUCUCAGAAUUCUAUCAAGGUUACUUCGAGCAUGGUUUGGUGUGGUUAUUGUGCAGAGAACAGGCAAUCCAACAAUGUGGAUGGUAAAAUAUGUUGUUCCUUCUGUGGAAGAGUUCUUGAUGAAGAUAAUUUUUCAAGUGAGCCCACUUUUGUUAAGAAUGCUGCUGGACAGAGCCAAUUGUCAGGGAACUUUGUGAGGACGGUCAAAAGUGAUUAUUCAGCUUCACGUGAAAGAACACUUAACGAAGCAUAUAGUGAUAUAGAGGGUAUGGCUUAUGCAUUAGGAAUUGAUGGUGGUGAUUCAAUAGCUCGUCCAGCUUUGGCCUUCUAUACGAUAGCAGUUGAGAGGAAUUUCACAAGGGGGCGUAGGAAAGAGCAAGUUGAGGCUGCGUGUCUUUACAUUGCAUGCAGGGAGAACAAAAAGCCAUUCCUACUCAUUGACUUUUCUGAGUACUUGAGGAUAAAUGUGUAUAUUUUAGGGGCUGUGUUCUUACAGCUUUGCAAGCUUCUAAGCCUUGAAAAUCACCCAAUUGUUCAAAAACCUGUGGAUCCUAGCCUUUUCAUUCAUCGAUUCACUGAUCGUUUAUUUGGGGGAAGGAAGCCAAAUAUUUCUAGAACUGCACUUCACAUUGUGGCCAGCAUGAAGCGAGAUUGGAUGCAGACAGGGAGAAAGCCGAGUGGGGUAUGUGGAGCUGCACUGUACAUCUCUGCUCUUUCAUAUGGACUGAGUUGUACUAAAUCAGAAAUUAUCAAAGUCGUGCGCAUUUGUGAAGCAACAUUGACAAAGCGUUUGAUUGAAUUCGAAAACACAGAAUCUGGAAGCUUAACGAUUGAUGAGUUCAAUACAAGGGCUGAGGAGCUUGAGAAAGAAGAGAGGCUGACCGUGCAACUUUAUUCGGCGUCGAAAGGAUCUGGGAUCACAGAAGUGCUAUGUGAACACAAGAAAAGCGUUGAGCUGCCCUUUGCCCAUGGUCUUUGUGAAAGUUGUUAUACUGAUUUUGUAAAACUUUCAGGUGGGCUUGAUGGAGGUUCUGAACCUCCAGCCUUCCAACGCGCUGAGAGGGAAAGAUUAAUGGCAAAAGAAGCUGCUGAAGAAAAUGCUGAGGAUCCAAAUAUUCCUAUGUCCAAUCAGGUGGAGAACAAUGAUGGCGAGUAUCUGGAGCCUGAAAAGGGAGGGAGCACCCUGAGUGUGACUGGAAGUAAAUAUUUGCAGAUAUCAGGGUCUGAGAUAAUAGGGGCACUAUCAGUGGCUAAAACUGAUGAUAAUGCGACUCCUGAUACAUUACAUGGCUUGGAUGGUAUGGGUCCUGAUGAUCAUGACGAAUCAGAGAACUUUUCCGAUAUCGAUGAUGCAGAGGUUGAUGGUUAUCUUCACAAUGAGGAGGAGAGGCGUUUUAAGGAGAUCAUUUGGGUAAAGAUGAACCGAGAAUAUCUUGAGGAACAAGCGGCUAAGCAAGCGGCUGAAUUAGCAGCAAAGAACGAUAAGGAGUUCAAUUUAGCUAACUGUUCGGAGGAUGUGCAAGCUGCACAGGAGCUUGCGGCUGCUGCUGCUGCUGCUGUUGCAAAAUCAAGAAAGGAAAAACAACAGAAAAGGGCUGCAGAACUGAAAAAUUCUGGUCCUGCUCAAACUGCUGCAGAAGCAACGAAGCAAAUGUUAACUAGAAAGGAGGAAAGAAUUAUAGGAUGUACAAGCACGGUAGCAUAGACAAUGAGAAAUAUCUGAUGCUGUGAGUCACAGGAUUCUGCUUUCAGGUGAUACGGUUACUGCAGCUUAUAUAUGGUUAGGGAAGUUGGAAACUUUUUCUUCAAAUGACCAUUAACUUUCAAGAUAAGAUAGAAAAUGCAUCGAAAAGAUGGCUGAAAAGAAAGGUACUUACAUAAGAAUUAGCAAUUCUAGACAUACUAGGGAUUUUCUUCCAUAUCGGUUCAAUGCUUAUGCAUGGCUUGAUCUUUUCUUCAAAUGAACAUUAACUUUCAAGAUAAAAUAAAAAAUGUAUCGGAAAAAAUGGGUCAAAAGAAAGGUACUUCCAGAAGAAACAGCGAUUCUAGACAUACUAGGGAUUUUGUUCACAUUGGUUGUAGGCUUGCAUAGCUUGAGAGUUUGGGUUGUUGGGAAUACAGGGUCAAGCACUUUGGGGAUGCUUGCAAGUGAGUAUCUUUUGGUAUUUCUUGAGUUUGUAGUUUGCUGUAAUCACUCCAUUUGCUAUUACAAAUUUAGACAUCUUAAUAAGGUAUAAGUUUCCUGGACUUAAGCUUUGCUGAUAUCGCAGAUUUGCAGCAUGUUCCAGUUUUUUGUUGUUGUUGAGUGUUUGUUUUGCUCAAUUUCAACACUUCUGUCACGUUUGGCCUAAAUUUGGAGAUUUUUUAGGGAUUGCAAAUGAGCUUGCAAGUCCACGUAUAUGUAAUUACGUGAAGCUCACAGAAAAGAUCUAGUUUCUUCCCACCGGUCUCAACAUUUAUUUUCCUCUUUGUUAUAUGUUUGUAUUGCAUGGUAUAUCUUCCUUUUUGUAUGAGACAAAAUUCAUCAGA